CAAGUCAAACCAACACCCUCCUUUCUCUAUAUAAGGCAAAUUAAGAAACACUCCUUUCUUCAAUCUACAAAAGAAAACAUGGAGGGAUUCAACAUGAAAUCCUUUACAGUAAAACUAAUCAAAGGAUCAUGGUUCAUGAUGUUCGGGUCAUUCCUAAUCAUGUCGAUGGCGGGCAUCCCCUACAUGUUCGGCUUGUACUCGAGCACCAUAAAAUCCGUAUUAGGGUACGACCAAACAACCCUUAACUUCAUAAGUUUCUUCAAAGACGUCGGUACGACGGUCGGCGUCAUAGCGGGAUUAAUCAACGAAGUAACCCCGCCAUGGUCCAUCCUAGCCAUGGGAGCUCUCCUCAACUUCUUUGGCUACUUCAUGAUCUGGCUAUCCGUCACCGAAAAAAUCCCGACACACGUUUGGUUAAUGUGUCUCUACAUCUGUGUCGGCGCCAACGCAACCACGUUCGCCAACACCGGCGCGUUAGUGACGUGCGUAAAGAACUACCCUCAACGACGCGGGGUCGUGAUCGGGAUCUUGAAAGGGUAUAUGGGAUUGAGUGGGGCGAUUGUGACACAAUUGUAUCAUGCUAUAUAUGGAAAAGAUGAGAAGUCGUUGAUAUUGUUGUUGGGGUGGUUGCCGGCGGCGGUGUCGUUCGUGUUUUUGCCGACGGUGCGGCGGAUGAAGGUGGAGCAUGAGGAGGAUGAGUUGAAGGUUUUCUAUAGGUUUUUGUAUAUAUCGUUGGGACUGGCGGGGUUUUUGAUGGUUAUGAUAAUUUUGCAGCAAAAAUUUAGUUUUGAUAGAGGGGAAUAUGGAGGAAGUGCGGCGGUGGUUACUUUUUUGUUGCUUUUGCCGAUUGCGGUUGUUGUUGCUCAAGAGUUUAAGGCGUGGCGGCGGUUCAAUAAGCCGGCGGUUCUUGAAAAUGGCAUUUCCCCUUCACUUGGAUCACCGCCAUUGAAGAACACAACACCAAUGUCACUCCUCCCAAAGAAACCAAAACCCCAAGAACAACCCAUCAAAGUCGAGUGGUGGAAAAACGUAUUCAAUCCCCCACCAAGAGGAGAUGAUUGGACAAUCCUCCAAGCUCUGUUCAGCUUCGACAUGUUCCUCCUCUUCCUCGCCACUGCCUGCGGCGUCGGCGGCACUCUCACAGCCAUCGACAACCUCGGCCAAAUAGGUCAAUCCCAAGAUUACCCCAAAAAAAGCAUCAGCACAUUCGUUUCUCUCGUCAGUAUCUGGAAUUACCUCGGCAGAGUAAUGGCCGGUUUCCUCUCCGAACAUUUACUCAUCAAAUACAAAUUCCCUCGCCCUCUAAUGCUCACAAUCGUCCUUCUUCUUUCCUGCAUUGCCCAUCUUUUGAUUGCCUUCAAUCCCGCCGGCGGCCUUUACAUCGCCUCUGUUUUGACAGGAUUCUGUUACGGCGCUCAGUGGCCUCUGCUUUUCGCUAUUGUUUCAGAGAUUUUUGGGCUGAAAUAUUAUGCGACUCUGUAUAAUUUUGGGUCGGUGGCUAGUCCGGUUGGACUUUAUUUGUUGAAUGUGAAUGUGGCUGGGUAUUUGUACGAUAAGGAAGCAAAGAAGCAGCUGGCGGUGGCGGGGAGGAUUAGGAAAACAGGGGAGGAGUUGGUUUGUAAUGGGACGGUGUGUUUUAAGCUAUCUUUUGUGAUUAUUACGGCGGUGAGUUUGUUUGGGGCUUUGGUUUCGUUGGUUUUGGUGUUGAGGACGAAGAAAUUUUACAAGAGUGAUAUUUAUAGGAAGUUUAGAGAGGCAGAGGAAGCGGCGGCAGUGGCAGAGAAAGAGGAGGAGGAUGGUGGUGAUGUGGUUAGAAACGGCUGUGGUUUGGUGGAGGAGUCGAAACAGGGGCUUAAGCAAUGAUAAUGAUGAUCAAUGUCUAGAAUUUUAAAUUGGUGUGUUCGGGGAAUCUUUUGCUCGAAUUUGGAUGAUUGUAAUUGUAAUGUUUGAAUCUAAAAAUUGCAAAUUAAAAUUAGAUUAAAAACACUUUUAGUCCAUAAA